AUGGGCCAAUUACCUGCUGUUCGUGUUACUCCAACACGACCAUUUAAGUGCAGCGGAGUAGACUAUGCUGGACCUAUUCAGCUAAGGGUCUCCAAAGGAAGGGGACACCGCUCUUAUAAAGGGUAUAUAUGCCUGUUCGUGUGCAUGGCAACUAGAGCAAUACACCUGGAAGUCGUAUCCGACCUUACCAGUGAAGGUUUCUUACAGGCCUUCAAACGAUUCGUAGCUCGCAGAGGUCAUUGUCAAGAGAUAUGGAGCGACAACGGGACGAAUUUUGUGGGCGCAUCUAAGGAACUUGCCCAUUUGUUUUGUACGGAAAAAUGCAAUAUGGUGGCAGAAGUAGCCGAAUCAUUGGCUAACAGCGGCACCACGUGGCAUUUCAUUCAAUCUCAUGCCCCAACCUUCGGAGGGUUAUGGGAAGCCGGUGUGAAAUCGGUGAAGUAUCACUUAAGACGUGUUAUUGGAAAUUCGAUGCUGACCUUUGAGGAGAUGGCGACAGUCUUGGCGCAAAUCGAGGCAUGUCUAAACUCCAGGCCAUUGUCUAGAUUGUGUGACGAUAAUGAACACGGGAACAUAUUAACACCGGGACACUUUUUAAUAGGUGAACCUCCGCUAGUAGCUCCGGAUCUGAAUUUUGAACCCUCAAAUAUUAGUUCAUUGCGUAGAUGGCAAUAUACGCAAAAAAUGGUUCAGGACUUUUGGCGAAGAUGGCGCAACGAGUAUUUAACCCAAUUAGCUGCCAGAAGGACAAGCAGUUCAACAGAAAAACAAAUUCAAGAAAAUGAAAAUAAAUCAAUCCCUAAAUCAAGCAGAAGAAAAAAAAUAUUGCUUAAUAUCAAUGAUUAA